AUGUACCCGAGCAGCGGGGCAACUUUUAGCGGAGUUCCGGCUGGGAAUCGAGAAGGAGUACAGAUAAUUUUGGAACCUGCAGAUGAUUGGAAAAUACAAGAGAUAGGAUUUGACGGCGUUGAGAGAUAUAUAAGGUACAUUUCAAUCCACGCACAGCUACGCUGAUUUCUAAAGGCGCAUUUUUGAGAAAAACGAGAAAAUUUAUAGAGCGUGGCGAAAGUUGCGUUGUUGAUGAUUUUUUCUAAAGGCAUGUGCAUCAGGGAAGCGAAACAUGUUCCAAAAAGCAAAAGAGUGUUCACGGAGCUUCGAAUUUGCUUUGACACAGUACUAAUUUUUGUUUUUGAGCAAUGUCGAGCGUAACGAUCAGCUGCUUCCCUAUUUAGGAACAGAACUCUCAUUGAUUAGGCGCAAACUUGUUCUGCGCCAUUUGAGUUUUUAUUUUAGGCCAUUCGCCUACACUGAUCACGUUGCAAAGCUAGCUCGGCAAGUGGAAUGGUCGAAAGUUGUUGGAUCCGUUGCACAAUACGACAAUCCGAGUCUUGUGGAAGAUGAGAAACCCGCUGAAAAUGUUUAUGAAUAACAAUAUCGAGUACUGUAUAUGUUUAGGAAGAAUUGACGGAACUGAACAAAAAACUGGGGAAACCCGAAGAGCGAGAGAUUCCUGAGGCUGGACCCUGGCAUCUCGUCGCGAAAAACCUCCAGUUAGCCGCCCAUCAUCAUUUCCAAUGUCCAUCGGUCGUGUUUCUAGCGAAUCUCUGCAGCAGCUCAAUAUUCUUCUCGAUAACAUGUCCAUAAUGCGCUCUACUGACUACAUGAAGCCUCUGACGGUGUUGGACCCGGCCUCGCAGGAAUCCGGCCCAGAACAACUGGCUGUGAUGAAGGCGACGCAGUGGAUCUGGAAGCGACGUGUAAGCGUCUUCGAACUAUAACUCAGCUAUUUUUCUUUCGUUUCCAGGCCUUGCACGAGGCGUCGGCUGUUCUGGACAAGGCCAACACUCAGCGGAACCGUGCCGCUGUCCACAUGGGUCUUUCCGACGACUACGUCUCACACGUUCAAAGGAGCCGAUUUUUCGAGUUUGUGACUUAUUUUUUCAUUGAAAGAUAAUUGGGGAAAUACGUCAGAAAACUUUUUUUUUUUCUAUUUUUUAGGAGUACGCGAAAGUUAAAAGUUUCAAUGAAAGGAAGGCGAUUUGAAAGCUUGUUUAUCAUCAUGAAAAUUAUUUUCUAUUUUGUAAAUUGUCCUCAGCGAAGUUCUGGUUUUGGUUUUCGCGUCUCCGGCAAUGUUAUGAAUAAUUUUUCAAAAGUCUGGUGGAAUCUCUUCUCACGCUCAUAUCGAAUUAUGUUUUGAGUUAGAAUUUCAACCAACUUUUUCAUCUCUCUUCACUUGUUUCCACGAAACUUACGAGCGGAAUUUAUUCAGCGAACUGAAAGAGAUGAGAGACGUCUGGAGAGUUCGAAAAACUGCGGAUCACAUCUAUGGCGACCUUGGCUAUCAUAUAUGUGAGUGUUACUUAUGAGAAAAAGAAAAAAAGAUACUUAGACGAUUUUUUUGAAGAUCAGUAAAAAAAUUAUGUUGUUUUUCAUCCAACUUUGCGGUUUCUAAUUGCUCUCUAUGGUUCCAAAAAGAUUUUUUUUUUUGAAAAAGUUUCACUCUGGUGUUUUCACCUCAAAAUAAUUUUUUAAAAUCGUUUUCUUCACCUCAAAAUUAUUUUUUUAAAAUUAGUAAUUCAAAUUAUACAGCAAAAUCAUAGCACAACUUCACAGGUUUGAAUGAGUUUGCAAAUGAUCAGUGAAAUUUUUUCACUAUCUAAGGAGCUAAGUUUGUGUCGUAUAGGAAAACUAGAAAGAAUCAUAAACCACUAAAGUAAGUAAGAAAGCUUCAUUAAAUAUGUCUUAAAGAGCAUAAUUUUGAAUUUAUGAGCGCAUUUAUUCAUAGCACUUCAAGAUAUUUUAAUAUCCAAAAUUUUUUGUAUGAGAUUUUCUUGUAAAGAUGUUUAAUUUCGGCCUCAAUUUUUGGGAAUCUAAGCCUCUCGCGUUCGCACGCACAUAUCCAAUACGUUUAGUUGGAGCAAAAUACGAACCUGGCGCCCUUUUUGACAUCACGAGACGAGCUAUACCUUCUACUGUAGAAGGACUGAACGAGAAAUCUGUUCUGGAGGUUUUCUUUCACGAAUUUUGAUGUUCCUAUGGAGGAGGUUUAGGUUUCCGUUCCAAAAGAUCUCACGCGUCGUGCAACUUUGUCAGUUACUAUCGUUAAAGGUAAAAAAAAAUAGCCUGCGAUAAACUUUUUGAAUUUCAAAUUUUUGUUUAAUGCAGACGAUGUGACUUCCGAAACUCUUUAUGGAAGUUUGGACGACGCAAGAUUCGAGUAUAUGAACAUUGAUCCCGAAGCCGUAAGUGUUUUUCUUCGUCUAAAUUGAUUUGGAUAAUUUUGACUUUCAAAAGUUUUCAUCUUGUUCAUUUCGAAACAUAACAGAAAUGUAAAUAUGGAAGAAGGUUUUAAUGAUAUUUUGUGAAAGAUGUUUCUGGGGACAGAAAAUCUUAAACUUUGUUCCGUUUCUUUUUUUUUCUAAGCGUUCAGUUAAUCGAACAUUUCUGUCAAGAAGAAAAAGCAAAACUGUCUUUCUUGAGAGUUUGUAUGAGUUUUGGCGGAGAACAACUGUAGUUUCACAGGCAAAUCCAGAAAGGCAAUCUUGAGACCCUCUAAGGUAUAUCGCAAGGUCUGAAGUUUAGUAUACCGCUGAGAGCUUUGAGCAAAAAAAAAAUGGACUUGAUAUAUACUCUCAAGGACCUCCGAUAUAUCUCAGAUAGAGCUAAAGGGUAUGCUGGAGGUCUCACAUAGUAAAUUUCUUAAAAAAUCAAAUUUUGAAAGUCGUAUUUGAGUUUAUGUGAGAACUUACUUGCUCUAUAUUAAUCAAUUUUUUCCCGAAAGUAAGGCCUUUUCCAGGUAAAAGACAUUCAUUGGAAACAUUCUUUGAAAUGGGCGCAGAAUACAUUGAUUUGCCGCGACACUUUCUACGAGGUUUGCCGCAUUUUUCUUUCUCGUAAGAUCAAACAUCGACAGUUGUGCAGCGACGCCGUGAAACUGCGAAGUCGUUUGUCGAUCGUUCGCGACAAUGUUCUGUUGAUUGCUCUGUUUGAGGACUACUUGCUACGUGUCGAACUCAAAUAUCAUCCAUUCAAGGUAAUUGUCCUCUGAUUCCCGGAUGAAACUUGGGAGAUUGGAGGAAGGCGAGUUGCCGAUGGAGGGCGACGUCUUCUUGACGAGGGUGCUGCGCAACCUGAUCGUGUCGCAGGAGUGCACGCGGUGGCUUCGGCCGCAGAUGUUCGUCCCGCUUCCGAUCACAAAUCUGCCUGAAGACCUCGACUGUAGGGGUUCCAAGGCUUAUACGCAGGCUGAGGUUCGUCACACCCAAUUUUUUGUUGAGUAUCUAGGUUAUGCUUGGUGAUAAAAGAGUUUCGGAUUUGCAUCCUGGCUUCUUAUCAAUCAGUCUUUUAUUUAGUUUCUUCAGUCAAAGUUUAAUCGACUAGGCAGCCAGGCGAAUACACUUUUCAUAAUUUUUUGAAUUUCCUACUUUGGUUCGCGAGGUUUUUCAGUAUUUCUGAUAGUAGAUAUAGCAGAUCGACGUUAAUUUUCGGUUAUUUGAAAGCCAAGCUGAAAAGUUGGAUUGUGCCUUCCGUAGAGAAUAUUCUACCGUCAGACGAACUGACAUAACUUUUUUCCCGUUUUUUUUUAUGUUACAAACUUUCGAAACCUUAUCUGAGUUUUACUUCUUGAACUUCUUUAAAUUUCUUGAAAAUCACGCUCACUUUUCUUUCUUAUCGAGAACAGCUAUAGAAGAGGGGAACGAACUUUUUCACGUUUGAAUAAUAGUAUUUUUAAUAUCACUGAUGCCGUGUUCAAAGGUAUUUCCGCGAAAUGCAAAAAUAUCUCUGACUCUCCGAAAAUUCAGUGUUCUUUUUCUUUCUCUGACGGUUAUUUUGAAUUUCGCUCAAUCAUUUGAAUCACACACCAUCAAAAAACGGCAUGAGUUUCCAGUUUUCAAGUUUGGUGAUACAAAUAUAAGAAAUAAAAUCAUAAUCAAAAUCGAUGAGGAAAGUUCCAAAUCUAACUAAAAUCGAACCUCACUAUUUCAGUUUUAUUAGAUUUUAGCUCUCUACCGACCAGUCAAUAAAGUUCCCUGGUUGAAGUCUCCGAGUUGUUUCAUUUUCCUGAAAUAAUAUUUUUUCAGAUCGAGGAUAGAUCAGUGAAGCCGAAGUUGACGCUGGAAACUUUGAUAGACAUAGCAGGACACUAUAAAUUAGUGCAAAUGGCGUUGAAAGUGAUCGAGACGUACUCUCUGGGCAUCGGCGACGACGUCUACCUCCAACAUCGCUGGUCAGGGGUCGGCUUCACUCGAUCGCAGCUUGUCAUCACCUUUAUCACCAAGGACACCGAUGUGCUCGCCAAGUUUGUCGCUUCCCUCUCUCUCCGUUUAUUUUUGCUUUCAGCAAAUCGUACAACUUCAUUAUCAUCACUCACAAUAAUAUCAGUGUAUAUACCAAAGAAAACCAGAAAGUCGACUGUAACAGGGACGCGAAGCAGCUCGAAUAUUGUCUGAAACAUUUGGUGAGGCUUUUUUGGGGUAGAGUUCAGAACUAAAUAACGGACAAAAGAUCUAUGAUUGUUUGAUUUAACGUUUGAUUUACUUUAUGAAACCUGCUACUCGGAGGAGUUUUGGAUACUUCUACACUGCUGCACUUUUUAUGCCCUGAAUCGGCUUUUGGUUGAGGCAUGCGUCCACUCACUCACCUCCAUUGUGAGCAUCGCGAAAACGGCUUGGCAGAGUCGCUGUCAGGUUAUGGCCUCCAACGUCAACGCCACCAAUUCUCGUCACAUGCCAUCGCCCACACUAGUGCUAGUCAACUCCAGCGCCAACAGGUUCAGCAACAUUUUUUCCUUUCUUUGAAUUCUUUUGAUUUAAGAGUUGUAAUGAUCAUUCUACAUAUCGAUGCUCUACCGGAAAUCAAAGUAGCUGAGCUAAUCGGUAGAGAGGUACGAACUCUUUUUUUGAAUGUUUGUUUCUUAAAAAAAUAGUUAAUGAUCUUUCUAAAAUAUUUCAUUUGUUUUCAGAUAUUUACAAAAGUCAAUGAAAGAAAUUGACUUUAUGUUGUUAAAGUGUACCAUUUCGGCUUUUGAAGUUGUAAAUAAUUUUUUCCUGAAUUAGUUGAAUUUAAACUCAUUUUUAAUGGAUUUUAAUAUCUCUUGAAAUAUGGGUAAUGCGGAUUAGAAAGGUUAUUUUCGUAGCUUAAUUUUUUUUUUCUAUAGUCCCCGGCUUUUCUAGAUUUCGGGCGGGACACAGUAUCAAACUCCCAUUUAUAUUUCACCUAAUGCUCAUUAGAAAAGUCUGUGAUCAAAAGAAAUAGCGAUAACCGAACGCUCGCUCGUUUUCUUGAAAAAACAGUCAAAAUUCGCCUGAAGUUAGUUUUAUUGCAGUCUGAGUCGCUGAACGGUGUCAAAUGGACGGCUCUCGAUUUCAACAAAAUGUCGGGCUCGACGAUUUGCCGAAAAAUUGAUAUUUUGAUGGCCUUCACGAAAAGCGAUGAAGGCCGCAAGCCUCCUAGUUGA